AUGCACUAAGAACCGAAUUGAUUGUUGUUCGGCAUGUAAUAUUAUAAAAUAAAAAUAAUAAUAAUGAAUCAGACGCCUGUCUGGAUGAUAAAUCUAUGUAACUGACAAAGCCGUCGCAUCGCUACGCUAAAUGCCUCUUACUGCUGAUACCGUUUUCAAACUCUAAGCCUUAUAUUAGUUCAUUGAAGAAUCGGGCUCUUUGACCAACAUGGUCACAAAGAGGUUGGCUAGCUCUAGGAUGGGAACAAUUAUAAGAAUUAAACCAAUAUUGUUUAAGUUAACUUGCAAUCCCCAUCCAAUAACGAUUACAUAAGUAGGUAUCUACACGAAAAAUGGAUCCUGCAAAACUUCAAGAUCUGGCCAACGAACUCGAGGUGUACUUCUCGAGAGAUUCUCGCUUUGUUUAUCGCCAACCGGUCGCCGCCGGUGGAUUCGGUAGUACGCAUCGUGUGCAAUACAUUUAUGCCAAUAAUGGGAUGUGGGAUGUGGCCGAUUUUUUAGUUAAAGUCGCUUACGAUGAUCAGGAGGCGUUGGCUUCUAUGCAAGCGGAAAGGGGUCAUCUUAAAUUGCUACGCGGUGGAAUGCACAUAGCCCAGAUACUCAACAUUGCCGACGACCCUCUAAAAAAUAGUGGUCUUCAAGGGGACUGGCUGAUGUUAGAGUGGCUGCCGAACGGCACGCUAGAGGCAUUCAUUAGGAAGGCAAGGGACCAAGGAGUUACGCGACUACCUAACCGUUUACUUUGGAGAUUUCUCUUAUGCUUUGUAAGAGCCUGCUGUGGCAUGGCUUGGCCCAGGAAUCGCCAAGAUGGCAUGCUAGAACUAGAACUCCCAAAGCCGGGAAUCGAGCCUAUAGGGUUUCUCCAUAAUGACUUCCACGCUGGAAAUGGAGAUUUCGCGCCUGGGGAGCACGCAUUCACGCCGAAUCUAAAGCUCAUUGAUUUUGGUAAUAGCGACGUAACUGAUGAGGAGCUUAUCGAUGUAGCCAAAGAACAAAAUCUCUGGGACGUUGGGAAACUCAUGAUGCAAUUGAUAUCUUUAGACCUUUCCACCAAAGAGGGGCCGGCAGCGAAUCCUGGAACGGUUCACUACCUUGGCGAAAAUAUCGAGACGCGGGCUAAUGCAAUCUUCCCGGAGGAUCCAGGCGCGGUGGUCCCUUUUCCCUGGCUUGACAAUUGGUUAAGGACGCUUAUCGGUUUAUUCAUGGCGGUAGAUUCUGAACGACUACCAGACCUGCAAUCAUUAUCCUCUUGGGUACCGUAUGCUGUAGUUGAGAGAACAGCGGGGUUUUAUGGCCUGUAUGAGGAGAGCGAUUAUACGAUAAGAGAACUCUGUAGACGGAUCAUCCUCGAUCCGUAAUAUUGAGAAGAUGUGUUGGAGAUGAACCGAAUAAUAAUUCUGAUUUUGGAGAGCUUGAAGAAGAAUGGCGAACAACGGCUAGCAAAUCGCAAUUAUGAAUAUUCAUG